AUGACUGAAAAGGAUAAAUAUGAAGAUGGAUCCAUCUUAAUCAAUGAUCAAGUACAAAAUUUAAAUAUAAGGAAUGUUAAUUCAACUUCUUCAAAUCAAUCUUAUCAAAAUCCAAAACAUUUAUCUCCAUCUCAAUCUUCAAUAAUAUCAAAUGCAUCAAAUGAAUCUCAUUCAAAAUCUUUAUUACAUUCUGCUAAAUCUAAAUUAAAAUUAUUUGGACUUGGAGGAAGUGGUGGUUCAAAUUCAUCAGGUGUAAAUUCAAAUAAAGAUUUAAAAUUAACUCCAAAAACUUCAAAAUCUUCAAUAUUUUCUCCAAAAAUUCAAUCAAAAAGUCCCAAUGGUUCAAUAAUGGCAAGUCCUCAACAAUCAAAUGAUCCUCAUCAUCAUCAAUAUCAACAACAAAUACAUCAUCAUGAACCUCCACAUGAAUUGAAAAGUAAACCUUUAAGAUUGAAACGUUUUUUCAAAAAAACUGCUAAACCAAAAGAUACAGUUAAAAAAAUCAUACCAGAUCAUCAUAAUCAUCAUCAUCAUAAUAACCACAUUGAAUCAAAUGAAAAACAUUCAGAUCAAACAAUGCCUUCAAAUAAACAUACAAUUGCAAAUUAUAUAGAUCAAUUAAAUCAAUCUGAAGGUUUAAAUUCUCCAAGUCCUUCAUCAACAAAAUUAUUAUUUGACACUGAUAAUGCUUCAGAAUUAAUGGAUAAAUAUGGUAUCCCAGGUAAAGUACUUGGUGAAGGUGCUGGAGGUUCAGUUUCAGUUGUAGAAAGAUCUGAUGGGAAAUUAUAUGCAGUUAAAAAAUUUAGACCAAAAAAUGAUCGAGAAACUGAAUCUGAUUAUAGUAAAAAAGUUACAAGUGAAUUUUGUAUUGGUUCUACAUUAAAACAUCAAAAUGUUAUUCAAACUUUAGAUAUGAUGAAAGAAGGUUCAAGUUUCCUUGUUGUUAUGGAAUUUGCUCCUUUUGAUUUUUUCACAAUUGUUAUGAGUGGAUUAAUGACAAAACAUGAAAUUUUUUGUUGUUUUAAACAAAUUACAAAUGGUACUGCAUAUUUACAUUCAAUGGGGUUGGCACAUCGUGAUUUAAAAUUAGAUAAUUGUGUUGUUUCUAAAACUGGGAUUAUAAAAUUAAUUGAUUUUGGUUCAGCUGUUGUUUUUAAAUAUCCUUAUGAAUCUGAAAUUGUUAAAGCAAAAGGUGUUGUUGGUUCUGAUCCUUAUUUAGCUCCAGAAGUACUGGUAGAGAGAUAUUAUGAUCCAAGACCUGUUGAUAUUUGGUCUAUAGCAAUAAUGUUUUGUUGUAUGACCCUUAGAAGAUUCCCAUGGAAGGCACCAAAACAAAGUGAUAAUUCAUUUAAAUUAUUUACUACAAUACCUGAAAUUGAUCCUGAAAAUCCAAAUCAUAAAUCAAGAUCAAAAGGUCCAUAUAGAUUAUUAAGAUUAUUACCACAUGCAUCAAGAGAAUUAAUUGGAUUAAUGUUGGAAUUAGAUCCUAAAAAAAGAUUAUUAAUUGAUGAUGUUGUUAAUAAUCAAUGGUUUAAAUCUAUAGAAUGUUGUGAAAUUAAUGAUCAAGAUGAAUUAAUUAAAAAAUCUGAAACUCAUAAACAUCAUCUUGUAACUGAAGAUGAAUUAAAUGAAAUUCAACAAAAAAAGCAACAAGAAAAACAAAAACAAGAAGUUAAAAAUAAUGAAACUUCAAAUCAAGCUGUUAAAGUUGGUGGUUAA